GAUACUGCUAAGAAGGUUGAAGAGUUCACCAAAACCGCCGGCAGCGCCAGCUCUUUGCCCAAGGAUGCCCUUGCCAAGCUCAAAGAAGACUUGAAAUCUUUCAACUCCGUGACCCACCUGCGGACGAGCCUCUGCACUUACCAGUCUUCAGGCAAGGUCUCCAAUAAGGAGGAAGCCAGCAAGACUCUUGAGGAACUGACCCUGCAAGAGAAUGACUUGAAAGAGUGGGCCAGCAAGAACCUUUGCCCUCAGUUCGUGGCUGAGAUGAACACCAUCUCAGAAUGGUGCAAUGAGCAGCUUAAGGAAGUCAAAGGCUCUGAUAUUUCCAAAGCUGCUGCAGAUGCAUACCCUGGGAAGGUUCCAGCCAAGGAUGGCCUACUCUCUGAUGAGUUCCUCUUGCGGUGCUUGUACGAGAGUGAUGUUGCCAAUAACCCGGCGUCCGUGACUGGGGCUUUCCGUGGAUUGGCUGCGUGGGCGGAAGCUGUUGCCAAACUUCCUGCAAAUGAGGCUGGGAGCUGCGGAGGCAAUGAGAGCGCUGGCCCUGACCUUGCGUCUGUGGAACAGGUUGCCAACUUCAUCGAAUGGUGCCUUGCAGGAUGUGAGGCGGCCAAGGAAGCCAGCAAGGGCAAUUCAGGUGGAGAAGUGGACGUGGCGCUUUGCAAGCUGCUGUUUGCAGUUUGUGGGAUGCUGGGGAGGCUCCAAACAACCCACACCUCACAUGUGAUGAUGGCGUGGACAAAUGGCCACUUCAAGGACAACAAGAAUCUCAAACCAUUCCUUCCAAAGCAGUUGCACUCUCUUGCACAUGCAUUGGCUGUGGACUGGAAGCAGGAGAUCAGUGCCAUUGAGGACUCACAGGAAUUCUCCCAGUUCGUGGCCAAGCUUGGUGUUGCCGAGGCAAGCUACUCAGCCAUUGACUCUGCACAGAUUGAAGGCGAUGUCUUUCAAACAGUCAAGGCGGACCUGUCAAAGUACACACAAGCCUUCUCCAGUGGGAUGACCAAACUUCUGAGAGACAUGUCGCAGUCCACUCUGGACCCGCUUGAGAAGUUCAACUCCAAGUACGAGGGUGCAGAGCGUGCCGUGACCGAUUGGACAGUCAAAGACAUUGACUGGAUCUUCGCACCAGAGAACGCGCCUGACGUUGAGAACGAUCAGACACAGGCAAAGACUGCGAGAAUGGCUGCCGCGGAUUUUGUGAAGGAGCUUGAGGGCGCUGGCAAGCAUGUCACAGAGGUUCCGGCCUUGAAGGAAAUCAUUGCCCAGGCUGAGAAGGAGAGAACGGGAAUCCUAGAAGCAGAGCAGAAGACAGUGAAGCUCCAGCUCUACAUCCUUUACACUUCACUGGUGAUGGACCCAACGGCAGCCAAGCGUGACGUCGAGGACGCUGACAAG